AUGGUACCACUCUACGUGCCUGUAAUCUUGGGCUACGGCUCGGUGAAAUGGUGGCACAUGUUCAAUCCUGAGCAAUGCAAUGCAAUUAAUCGAAUGAAUUGUUACUUCAUUAUUCCUCUUUUUAUUUUCGAGUUCACCACCCACAUAAACCCUUUCAAGAUGAAUUAUCUCUUCGUUGCAGGGGAUGUCAUUGCCAAGUGUUGUAUCGGUUUAGUACUCGGGGGCUGGACUUAUUUUUACCGUGGAAGUUAUGAAUGGUGCAUAACUGGCUUCUCCGUGUCGGCGUUAAACAAUAGUUUUAUCGUGGGAGUACCUAUUCUGAAGGCCAUGUAUGGUUCUUUAGGGGAGGAGAUUGUGAUUCAGUCGACGGUUUUGCAGUUGAUUAUUUGGGUUAUGAUUUUAUUGUUCAUGCUCGAAGUUAGACGUGCAAGGCAAAGUUUUGAGUCCGUGUCGGCGGUUGAAAUGUCCGGAAAGGAUUUGGAAGAAAAUAGUAGUGGUGUUCGAGAAAUUGAUUUUAGGGUGGCGAGGCCAUCAGUAUGGAUAGUGAUGAAAAUUGUGCUGGGAAAACUGGCUAAGAAUCCCAAUUGUCAUGCUUGUGCUGCUGGACUCAUUUGGGCACUGGUAGCUAACAGAUAUAGUAAAAAUUUGAGGCUUAUGUUCAGGUGGCACUUUAAGUUGCCGAGCAUCGUGGAGGGAUCGAUUACGAUUAUGUCAAAUGCUGGCAGAGGCACUUCCAUGUUCUGCAUGGGUUUGUUCAUGGCUUUAAAUGAGAAGAUAUUUGCUUGUGGUGCCAGGCCGACUUUACUGACCACGAUAGCGAGGUUUGUUGUCGGACCACUUUCGGUGGGUUUAGGUUGUUUAGCUCUGGGAUUACGUGGUCAGGUGUUGCGGAUCGCUACAGUUCAGGCUGCGCUUCCCCCAGCUGUGCUCUCCUUCAUAUAUGCAAAAGAAUAUGGAUUGCAUGCAGAUGUCACUAGCACCGCGUAA